GAUGACGUCGGUAGAGGGCUGUAGUAAGGAUGGCGGCUGUGUUAGCAGAGCUGAGGCUCAGAGACGGACAGAAAGAGAAGAUCAGCGUUAAAGUGGAAAACAACCUGAGUUCUCUGAUCAGCGGAGUUCAGGAGCUGAACGGGAACGUGUCGCGACUCCUCAGCGAGCUGGUGGAGCAGGAAAAAACCCGCGGAGACUGCGAGGAAGGUGAGGAUGAGGACGGCGAUGAAGGAGACGAUGAGCCUCAAGACCUUCAACUGCAACCUCCAGUUAAAAGAUCCAAAACGGGAAACACCAGAGGACAAAAAACCUGAAACACCAGAGGACACUUUAAACACCUGAGGACAAAACACCUGAAACAUCAGAGGACACUUUAAACACCCGAGGACAAAACAGCUGAAACCCCAGCGGGAUCGGAUAUCAAUGACAAUGGGGCAGAUCUACUCAAUUCUAUUCUGUUUAUACACUAUACACAUUUAGACUGGGAUUUUAAUUCCUGUUGAAGUUUUGACCAAGUUGUUCCUAAAAAGGUUUACACCUGAACUGGUCCUUUUUUUUUUUUUUUUUUUUUUUUUUUACCAAGUUGCAGGUGAAUAAUUUAUUUUAAUAAUAAAUAACAACUUAGUAAAUGUA